AUGUGCGCUCUGCGGAUUGCUGUGCACUGCUGGGCCCGCAUCUCAGGGCCUGCGAGAGUACCCGGGCUUCCAUCGUUGUGGCCGACCAUAGCUGGGCUGUUGCCUUUGGCCAAGGGCUGCACCAUGAGUUGUAACCCGCUGGACCUGGUUCUGCCCUACUGGGGCAAAGUAGACACCCCUUCAGAUGGCCAGGCGGCCAGGCUGGGCAUGGAGCCCCCUCCCUCCAACCGUUCCACCUUCAACCCCGCGGCUUCCUCCUCCUCUUUCCUCCUCCUGGGCAUCCCUGGGCUAGAAGCACUGCACACCUGGCUGGCUCUGCCCUUCGGCUCCUUGUACCUGGUGGCCCUGCUGGGCAACUGCACCCUUCUCCUGCUCAUCAAGACGGACCCCAGGCUCCACCACCCCAUGUACCUCUUUCUCUGCAUGCUGUCCCUCACGGACCUGGUGCUGUCCACCUCAGCGCUGCCCAAGAUGCUGGCCAUCUUCUGGCUCGAUGCCAGAAGCAUUGGCUUUAGCAGCUGCCUGGUCCAGAUGUUUGUCAUUCAUGCCUUCACGGCCAUGGAAUCCGGCUUCUUCCUCGCUAUGGCGUACGAUCGCUACGUGGCCAUUUGCCAACCCCUGAGGCACUCUGCCAUCCUCUCGGGCAGCCGCAUCGCCUCCAUCGGCAGCGCAGUCCUGGCCAGGGGGCUGGUGUUCUUCUCCCCACACCCCUUCCUGGUGGGGAGGCUGCCCUUCUGCGGGCCCAAAGUCAUCGCCCACAGCUACUGCGAGUUCAUGGCGGUGGUCAAGCUGGCUUGUGCAGACACUGCCGUCACAAAGGCCUACAGCCUGACGGUGGCAUCGCUGAUUGGCGCCUUCGAUGUCCUCUUCAUUGGGCUGUCCUACGGCCUCAUCCUGCGCACAGUCUGCCAGCUGCCCUCCAAAGAGGCCGGCCUCAAGGCCUUGGGCACCUGCGGGUCCCACAUCUGCGUCAUCCUGGUCUUCUACAGCACGGCUGUUUUCACCUUCCUCACCCAUCGCUUCAGCCACGGCAGCAUCCCGCCUCAGGUCCACAUCCUCGUGGCCAACGUCUACCUGCUGAUACCACCCACCCUGAACCCCAUUAUCUAUGGGGUGAGAACUAAGCAGAUCCGUGAAGGGGUCAAAGAGGCCAUCUAUGUUAACACUGAACAUCCCUCCCUCAACGGAGGGGGAGGGAUACGACACCACCCACCUCCUGUUUCCGACACCGUCCUUCCAGCAGUUCCAAGAAGGCUCCACACCCAUCUGCACUCUGACCUGGGUGACUCUGAGGGCACAGAUAAGCCUCCAAGUGGCCUCAAUGAUUCUCACAGGGAGUGCUAA